AUGGCUGGAGAAUAUAGAGGAGAUAAAGUUAGCCAAAGAGUAAUAUUGUCGGUAUCAUUUAUCGGAGGCCCUAGAGAUAUGCGCCGUAGGUAUAUGGAUGCAAUGGCUUUGGUUCAACGUUUUGGAAAACCAGAUUUAUUUAUCACAAUGACAUGUAUUCCCGAUUGGCCGGAGAUCCAGGAAAAUCUAUGCGAAGGACAACUUGCACAAGAUAGACCAGACUUAGUGACUAGAGUUUUUAGGGCAAAAUUAAAGGAUUUAAAGGAUCAGAUUUUCAAGAAAAAAAUAUUUGGUCCUGUUGCGGCACAUGUCUUCGUGGUUGAAUUCCAAAAAAGAGGCCUACCACACAUACACCUUUUGAUAAUACUUGAACAAGGGUACAAGAUAACAUCAGCAGACCAAUAUGACAAGUUUAUUUCUGCGGAACUUCCUAAUGAAGAAGAAUAUCCACUCUUGCAUGACUUAGUUGUCAAGCAUAUGAUGCAUGGUCCAUGUGAAAAAUAUCGUCCAACAAAUUCAUGCAUGAAGGAUGGUCAGUGCAAGAAUCACUAUCCUAGGCCAUUUAGUAAUAAAUCAAUACAAGGAAAGGAUGGAUACCCUAUUUAUAAGAGAAGAAAUGAUGGAAAGACCGUAAAUGUUCGUGGCACGAGAAUGAAUAAUCAGUGGGUUUUGCCAUAUAAUCCUUACUUACUAACUAGAUACAAUUGUCAUAUUAAUGUGGAGUCUUGCUCUGGAGUGAAAGCAAUCAAGUAUCUCUACAAGUAUAUAUAUAAAGGGCAUGAUAGGUGUGCUGUUUAUAUUGAAUCAGAUGAUGGCGAAAAAGUAGUUGAUGAAAUCCAAAAUUUUCAAGACGCACGUUGGGUGUCUCCGCCAGAAGCACUAUGA